CUUCCAAUUCCGAUUGCAUCUGCAACGUCCCAGCCGAUCGCCCGCAUCUCUUCCUCGCCGACAGUCAUACAAACAUGAGCCGAGUUUCUCUUACACGGGCGCUUCUAGCACCGCCAAUGCGCCGAGGAUCUCUUCUCGGAAGGCCUCUGCGAUUGGCCGUCGGCGCCCGCUCCGUGAGCUCUGUCGCAGAGCCUUCGUUCUGGAAGUCCCUCGUGCCGAAGCCCCUGCGAUCUCGGUCCACGACAGGGCUGGAAAAGAGGCCCAAAACCAAGCAAGGGUGGAAUCCCGCGACAUUCUUCAUCCUCAUGUCGUUGUUUAUCGGAUCCAUGUCCAUCCAGAUGAUCGCGUUGAAGAGAGACUAUGGGAAUUUCAUGCGCCGGACGGAUGUCAGGAUAGGGCUGCUCCGCGAGGUGGUGGAAAAGCUCCAGAGGGGGGAAAAGGUGGAUGUGGAACAAGCCUUGGGCACGGGUGAUCCAGUCCGGGAACUCGUGUGGGAGGAAGUCUUGAAGGAUAUCGAGCGCGGGGAAUCGGCAAAGAACCAGCAGAAGAAGCAGCCCGAAACGGCUCCGGCGCCGAACCCGGAGCCUAAUGCUCCUCCUGCGCCAGAGACGGCGCGGGCGCCGGUGCAGAGCACCCUCGCUAGCCAAGGGUUUUUCUGAGGGCAUCCUUUCACCUGGGAGCGACGAUU